AUGUUACAGAUUGUUGACAUUAAUGGUGAUCUGGAGAGAGAAACCAAGAAAUUGGAGCAGAAUUUUUGCAUAAACGAUCACGUCGAUUUGUUAAUUGAAGUGUUGCAGAGGCUCGACGGACGGUCGUUGGCAGCGGCGGCGUGUGUGUGUCGGCAAUGGUGUUCCAUCGUCCGGAAUGACUCGUUAUGGGAACACCUAUGUUUCGGAAACGUGUCACCGCCGCCGUCGAUUGGAAUUCGGUCGGUGGUUUUGGCACUGGGUGGGUACCGGAGGCUGUACAUGGUGUGUGUGAGGCCGGUGGCGAGUCAACUGAAGAGGAGGAGAAUCGACGGCGGCGAGUCGGAGGUGGUGCGGCGAGUGUGGAAUCGGCAUGAGGUGGAGCUGUCGUUGUCUUUGUUUUGUGUGGAGUAUUAUGAGAGACUGUUGGGUGGUGGUGGGGUGGUCGGCGGUGAAUCCCGGGCGACUUCGCUCAAGUUUUUAUGCAAGGCCGUGAACGUUAGUAUAUGA